UGUCGGGAUAAACUGACGAUACGACAGCGCCUUGCAGCACAAGACUACAAGAUCAGUUAUAAGUUACAAAAGACUUGUCAUCAAGAUAUCAAGAAAUAUCAUUGUGAAUAUCAACACAUCAAGCAGAAGGAAUCCAAAUUAUCAUUUAUUUUACUUUGUUUGGAAAACCAAGUUAAAAAAGGUCAUGCAAUAAACAGUGAAUGUCAAGGUGAGAUAUUUGACACUCGUAAGAGUCUAAUGGAGGACUACAUGAUCAAUCCUGAUAUAAUUUUGAGUUGUCGAACUGAAAUAGACACCAACUGCAAUGGAUUACAACGUGAAGGAAAAACAUUACAUUGCUUAAUGGGUCUUUUGCAACAAGCAAACAAAUUAGGGCAGUUCUGUAUGAGAUCGGUGGAACGACUUAUUAAAGAAACUGAUGCCGGUGAAGACUAUCGUAUUGAUACUGCUUUACAAAGGGCAUGUCAACCUGUAGUGGAUACUGCAUGUAAGAAACUACAAGCUGGAGAUGCAGCCUGGGCCGUUUCCAGGCCAUUGUUUUGCAAUGAUGAAUCAGAACAGAACAAUUCGUGUGAACUGAUCGAUCCUAACUUAUUAUCUGGAUACUCGUAUUCACCUGCGGAUACUUCGGCCUACUUUCAA